CGAAAUGAAUUCAACUACUAGUUUUUUUUUUUUUACACAUCCAUCCCAUCCAUUGGCUGUAUUCCUAGUCUUCCUUCUAGCAUUUAGACUUGUUCAAUUUUCCGCCGAAAUCAUCUCUGUAUCCCCUUAGCUGUUUCUACUUUCGCCUACCUCUGAUGAUACUUUCGUUUGACUUAGUUCAUUGCCUUGGUUUGAGAAAUCAUCCCUCGCUUGACAUAGUCAUAACUGUAUCGUAAACCUUAAUUAACCAGUAAAAAAGAAUGCUUAUAAGCAAUCCCUCUGCCAAUAUGACUAAUUUCAAUCUUGAUUACAUUUUUCUGAAAGAAAUCGAGCAAAAGAAUUUGAUCUGCCAAAUGAUCCCUCAUAAAUUUUCCUUAUUCCUUCCCUUAAUCUUGCUUGGCUUUACCAUUAACUCUGAAGCACAGCCCACUUAUACCUAUAGUAUUUGCACAAACACGACCACUUUCACCGGAAAUAGCACCUACCAGGCCAACGUUAAUAAUCUCCUCUCUCAACUUUCAACGUCCGCCGUACGCCUUAAUGGGCUUUAUACCUCAUCUUCUGGGAAAGACCCAGAUGUUGUCUAUGGUCUCUCUCUAUGCUUUGGCGAUAUUAGCUCCGACAUCUGCCAAAAUUGUGUCACCAAUGCGACAAAGGACAUCGUUGGACGAUGUCCCAUCGGAAAAGAGGCCAUGGUAUGGUAUGAUGAGUGCUUCUUGCGUUAUUCAAGUCAACCUAUCUUAUCCAUCUUGGCAUUGUACCCUGCUGUAAGCAUGAUGAUUGCACAAAAUGCCACAGACCCAGAACGUUUUAACGAGUUACUGAAGAAAACCAUGAACGAAACAGCAAAUGAGGCCGCAAGUGCUCCAUCAGGUGCUAAAAAAUUUGAAGUCAAAGAAACGAAUUUUACCACGUUUCAAAAAAUUUACACCCUCGCGCAGUGCACACCGGACCUAUCUGGCUUCGAUUGUCUUCGGUGUCUUCAGUUUGCUAUCUCAAAUUUGCCACUACAAGGAAAGCAAGGAGGAAGAAUCUUGUUACCGAGCUGUAAUAUUCGGUAUGAAAAUGAUCCAUUUUAUAACGAAACCGGAUUUCAGCGUGAGAUUUAUCCUAAUUAUAAUACAACUGUGGUCACGGGAGGUCCUCCUCCAGCUCCAGGUUCAACAACAAGAACUGAAGGAGGGAAAGGAGGCCAAAAAAAUCAGAUUAAAGUCAUUGCAAGUACUUCCGCAGUGGUUGUAGUGUUAGUGCUGUUCGGUUCCUCCAUUUAUGCCAUACGGAGAAGGAAUAUUCUUAAAAAGGCAGAGGAGAAAGAAAUUAGCCAAGAGGUUCAAUUACUUCACUUGGGAAUAGGAAGAAUUGGGGUUGACCCUUUAAGUAAAAGCACUCGAGAAGAAGAGAUGCUAAUGAAUUCUCAGGAUUUUCCUAUGAUACCGUUUAAUAUCGUAUAUGAAGCAACGAAGCAUUUUUCUGAUGAAACUAAACUUGGACAAGGCGGAUUUGGCCCAGUUUACAAGGGCACAUUAGAAGAUGGCAAAGAAGUUGCAGUUAAGAGGCUCUCAUCAACUUCUAGUCAAGGACUACAUGAAUUCAUGAAUGAAGUCACUUUAAUCGCCAGAUUACAGCACAGAAAUCUUGUCAGGCUCUUAGGAUGUUGCCUAGAAAAAAAUGAGAAGUUGCUUAUCUAUGAGUACAUGCCCAACAAAAGCCUCGAUUUCUUUAUUUUUGAUUCAAACACGGGUUUAAAUUUUGAUUGGGAAAAACGCCUUUGCAUCAUCAACGGGGUUGCCAAGGGUCUCUUGUAUCUACAUGAAGAUUCUCGACUUAGAAUUAUUCACCGGGAUUUAAAAGCUAGUAAUGUUUUGCUUGAUUAUGAAAUGAACCCGAAGAUAUCAGACUUUGGAAUGGCAAGGAUUUUUCGAGGAAAUGACAACAAUAGUACAAAUAGAAUUGUUGGGACAUAUGGAUAUAUGUCUCCAGAAUAUGCUAUGGAAGGACUUUUUUCAGUAAAAUCAGAUGUUUUCAGUUUUGGAGUUCUCCUUUUAGAAAUGAUUAGCGGGAGAAGGAACAGCCGAUUUUAUAUUUCAGAAGAGGGUGAAAGCCUCAUCACUUAUGCAUGGAAAUUGUGGUCUAAAAGUGAAGGAUUGGAAUUGAUGGACCAGUCACUUACGAGGUCAAGUGUGGCGGCUGAGGUGCUAAAGUGCAUCCACAUUGGAUUGCUGUGUGUGCAAGACGAUCCAGCAGAGAGACCUACUAUGUCAUCCGUUGUUGUUAUGUUGGCAAGUGAUACCCUGACACUUCCUCAACCUAAACAACCAGCAUUUUCUAUCUGGCAAUUUGUUGCAGGACCAGCUCCAUUUUCAAGUCCCAAAAUCUGUUCUGUUAAUCAGUUGACUCUUUCAAAUGUAUUGCCACGCUGAUCGUGAUUUAAUAACUCUUUUCAAAUGUUUCAUCUGUCAUUGUUAUUCGACUGUGUCCAUUCAAUACUAGAUAUAACUCUUGUAAUAUAUAUGUUGAUAAUUGUAGCUCAGAGACUAGUUUAAAGAUGAGAUUGAUGUUGAAACUAUUUUUUUAGAAAA